AGUGACUCGGGGGUCUUCCCUCAUACAAUCACCCCUCUGGAACCGACUCUGAACCGCCAGCUGAUGUCCGAGUUCACAGGAGAGAGGGUAGGGUUUGUGCAGGUGGGGAGGGAGGGGUGGUUGCUUCCCUCCCGGUACCAAGAACAAGCCCUCGGAUACUACACCAUGGCCUUGAGACCGGACGACGUCUGGAUAGCAACUUUUCCUCGUUCAGGUACAACUUGGUGCCAAGAAAUGGUUUGGCUGAUAAACAAUAACCUCGAUUACGAGGCAGCCAGGAAAGUCCCUUUGGACACGAGAUUUCCUUUCCUGGAUAGGAUGGUUGAUUUGGAAUGGAAUGCUGCACAGUCCCCAGCUACACAGAGAGGUAUUGGCUAUGAACAACCGACCGACCGACAGACAACGUGGAGGACUCCAGGUUAUCAACUGGCUUCUUUCUCACAGUCCCCUCGACACUUCAAGACCCACCUCCCCUUCACUCUGCUGCCCCCUUCGCUUUUGGAUCGAUGUAAGGUAAUCUACGUGGCUCGUAAUCCUUUAGACGUGGUGGUCUCCUACUUUCACCACAACCGCUACCUUGCAGUCCACGGCUACACUGGAGAUUUCCAGAAAUACUGGCACUACUUCCAGGAUGACCUAUUGGUGUACUCUCCAUACUGGGAACAUCUGAAGCAAGCUUGGGUCAAACGCAACCACCCCAAUCUGCUGUUCCUCUUUUAUGAAGAUCUACUCAGGGAUUUACCAGGAAACAUACGGAAAAUAAGUGCUUUCCUCGGGAAUCCUCUGAACGAUGAUCAAGUCCUGAAAUUGUCAAACCACCUUCAGAUAGACAAUUUCCGUAACAACGUUCCCCUCUAUCCCGACGUUCCUAUCACAGGCCUCACAAGAGACGAGGAACAAGGGCUCAUCAGAAGAGGAAAAGUCAAAGGAAACAGCGAAUUCACGGAAGAAUUGGAAGCAGAAGCUAACAAAUGGGUGACAGAAAACCUGGCCCUCACAGACCUUCGUUUUCCGUGCAAAUAACAUGAUUACAAAAACCCGGAAACGGAUUUACGUGUUUGUACGAAAUAACAAAGGUUCAGUUACCAAUGCAGUUACAACUAAAAGAAACUCAACAGAUGUAAACUUUUUCAUUUUCUGCUUUGUAUCCCUGGUGGAAGUAAGUUGGUUUAUGUCUUUUCCAUUAAAAGAUGUAAACUUUAUCAAUCCAUAAAGAACUGAACUUACACCUUUAAACUCACUACUGUAUAAUUCAAGCUCAGCGAAAGUCAAAACUCUGUAGGAUAAAACCUGAGGAAAAAACCAAGACAAGAUCUCGAUCUACCUUCAGUGCCAAGAUUAUACAGCCUAAUAUUCCUCUCUGAAAAACUAGUGGUAAUUUUGAAUUAGCAUUGAACAAACAUACACAUUUAAUUUACAUUACAGGAAAAUAAAGUGUUUUAUUAACGUUUCUAUUUUUGUUUAAUUAAACAGAUAGGAGGUUUAUAGGUAGUUGGGUGGGCUUUUUCGGGUAAGUAUUAAAUGUUAACAAUUUGUAUUAUCCGUUGUUUUAUAUUUAAUAAAUAAUAAGGUUGUGUUUAACUGCUA